AUGGCGGGGGAGGCUCGAUUAUUUGACUAUAUACAACUUGAAGAUGUUUUGACGAACGUGGUGCUCACCAUAAAAAGAUGUCUCUGUCGCGACCCCAACAGCCGAAUUUACAGCAAUGCCCUUCUCCUCUCUCUUCCGCCAUUCCUCUCCCUCUGUGUUUCCAUGUCUCCUUCUCUCAAAGACGAAGAGGGCAAUGCAUUUGGAAAAGCAGCAGAAGCAGCAUUGCUUCAGCUAUCUGUUGUUGUUAAUGGGAAGAGUGAGACUACUACUACUAGUCCUAGUUUACUGGCUGAGAGGAGAGUGAUUCGUUUCGGUUUGCCUAGUAAAGGACGCAUGGCUGCCGACACUCUCGAUCUCCUUAAGGAUUGUCAAUUGUUGGUGGAGCAAGUCAAUCCUCGACAAUACGUUGCAGAAAUUCCUCAGCUUUCCAACUUGGAAGUGUGGUUUCAACGACCCAAGGACAUUGUAAGAAAGUUGUUGUCAGGAGAUUUGGACCUUGGAAUUGUGGGUUUUGAUACUUUCAGUGAAUAUGGACUGGGAAAUGAAGACCUUAUCAUUGUUCACGAUGCUCUUGGAUACGGGGAUUGCCAUUUAUCCCUUGCAAUUCCUAAUUAUGGGAUAUUUGAAAAUAUAAAUUCACUGAGGGAGCUAGCACAAAUGCCUCAAUGGACAGCUGCGAAACCUCUACGAGUAGCUACUGGCUUCACUCACCUGGGUCCUAAAUUUAUGAAGGACAAUGGGUUCAUGCAUGUGACAUUUUCAACUGCUGAUGGAGCACUGGAAGCUGCUCCUGCUUGGUUUAGUCAGACAACAGGAGUUGAUAAGAUGGGGAUAGCUGAUGCUAUUUUGGACCUCGUAAGCAGUGGAACAACACUGAAAGAAAACAACUUGAAAGAAAUUGAAGGUGGAGUUGUGUUGGAGAGCCAGGCCGUUUUUGUUGCUAGGAGAAAAUCAUUGGUCGAACAGAAAGGUGUGAGGGACAAAACGAAAGAGAUUCUAGAAAGGUUUGAGGCUCAUUUGAGGGCGGUUGAUCAGUUCACGGUGACUGCACACAUGAGAGGAAGUAGUGCAGAGCAAGUGGCUGGGCGAGUACUAAGCCAGCCGUCUUUGUCUGGGUUGGAGGGACCUACCGUGAGUCCAGUUUUCUGCAAACAUAAUGGAAAGGUUACCCUUGAUUACUAUGCUAUAAAGAUAUGUGUUCCAAAGAAGACAUUAUACCAGUCCGUGCAGCAGCUGAGAGAGAUUGGAGGCAGCGGCGUUUUAGUUUCUCCUUUAACCUACAUUUUUAAGGAAGUGACACCAAGAUGGCAGGAGCUUCUUUUAAAACUGGAGUUAUAA